AUGAAUUACGACCCCAGAUCGGGCGGACCAGCCCAAGGUUCGAACGAUGCCAAUGAAUCCAGGAAAGGCUCGGUGCGUGCGGCGCGAGAGAGAAUGCAAGCCGCACAGAUUCGGACGCAGCUUCCUGAUACCUCACGAAUAAUAGGACUUCCUCAGCGACCCAAUCAACUUGUGUUGCAGAACUCUUCCCGCAAAACCGAUGCAUCCGCACCCCGUUCCAUACCUUCAGACUAUCGCGACUCUGCAGGUCGAGAAUCCCCUGAACCCCAAUGGCCACUCCCCAACACCACAACGAAUGUGCCACAAUUCAGUCCCAUCAUUCCGCCUCCAUCACCAGAGCAUCUACAGCCACCGGAGCAGAAUGGUCGACCUGUAUCUGAUGAAUACCUAAUACAACAGCUUUCGCCAGAUUAUCUUUCACCAGCAUCAUCAAACUACCCUGGGUAUGGCGGAGCGAAUGGCAACGGAGACUUAUUCUCGCCUACCUCACAUCGAUCCUCGCGCCCCUUGACAACUUCCUCGGUUGCUUCAGAAGUGUCAUCUCUAGGAGACAUACCUGAUUUUCCUAUUCCAGAGAUUCCGUCCAGUCAGCAAGCUCGAAGAGUGCCUAGCUUGGGUCCACCACCUUCAGCGCGAAGGGGUCCGUCCUCGUACUACACUCAGAUGUCAUACGUGUCGCCUAUUGUUGAAGAGUCAGAGUCGCGGUCUGCUGCAAGUAGAUCGCGUCAUGGCUCAUUUGCAUCAAGCAAUGUAUUCCCCUUGAAUAAUGAGGACUUCUAUCCCGACGACGAUCUUCUCUCGGACGACGAAACCAUCACAAGCGAUCGCGGCACUGCAUCGCCCGAGCACGACGACCAAAGCGGUCUCGUGAAACAAUCGCCUGCACUUGUGCGACAAGCCAGUCUAGGAAGGAGAACCAAACCGUCCCUGAUGACCAUCAAAUCAAUAGACAGCUUUGGAAGUGGAGGAAAGAAGAAAGCAGCCGGGUUAGACGCUGCUGCGGGCACGGUGGGAGCUGGUGGGGCAAUACUCGCAGCAAGGGAUGGAAGUUCAUCGAGGGUCGAAGGAUCACGACUUAGCCAUGCGGGGAGCCAGGGCAGUUCGUCCACCUCUUCCUCAGAUUCCGUGAGCGCAACCGGAAAUAUGAAGGGUAAGAGUGCGAACCAUGCUGGCUCUCCGACCUCGCCACACCCUCUUGCGCAGGAAAUGCGACCCAGUGGCUUGGCCGAACGUGCUGGCAUGAGACGACCACCGAAACUCGACAUAGACGCUGUUCGAGACGCUGAGGCGCGUGGCAGUCUGACCAGCUUGCCGGAUCUGAUACGGAGAGCUACAAGGUUGGCGGCCAAUCUUGAUCGCGGCAAGACUGCGAGUCGUUUGGGCUUCGACUUUUGGGAGUCUGGCGAUCCAGAGAAAAGAGAUAUACGCCAAUCUGGACUUUCUGACAUGCUUGCUGCCUUUCCUCCUCCAGGCCAGGAUACGCCUGUGCGAUCGGGUACACCCAAUGUCGGGAACAGAUCCAUAUCCGCAUGGCCAUCUGCCGGGUCACGAACAGGUGGAGCGAAUGCCAAUGAAAAUAACGGGGGGUCAAAGAAGCGUCGAAGAUGUUGUGGUAUGCCAUUUUGGACAUUUGUGACUAUUCUCAUAGUCUUGAUCGUCGUCAUCGCAGCCGCCGCUGUCAUCCCGGUUGUGCUCGUGGUCAUCCCCAACCAGAAAAACAACAGCAACAACAACAACGGACCUGCGCAAGAUGGCCAAGGGAACACGGGUGGCGGCAACAACAACAACAAUAACAACAACCCUCCCAACAACCCUGGUGGUACCAGUACCAUGGAAUCCAUGGUACUCCCAGCUCCUACGUCCAGUCCCAACAGCAACCAAUGUGACGGUGUCAUCACCUGCCAAAAUGAAGGCAUCGCGAUUCUCAAUUCUGACCUGUCGUGCAACUGCAUAUGCAUCAAUGGCUUCACAGGACGCACAUGUACGAACAAUGAUGCGACGGGAUGCACAGCUACCAGUAUAGCAGACACAGCCAACAACGCGACGGUUGGCACCGGGAUUCCUCGUCUCGUGGAGACUGCGAACAAGGACUUCAACAUCCCCCUGGAUGCAACUCGCAUCUUGUCGCUUUUCUCCAGCUUAUCUUUGAGCUGUGCGGCAGAGAAUGCCCUUAUUACAUUUAAUGGGCUAGCAUCUCGCUCCGCUGACCAUCAACUGCACUCUUUGAACUCGAAAAUUAUACUUCAUCCAACGCGUUCUCUUCCAGUCCUGAACCAUCCACACCCACCCCAAGCGCUUGCUCAACCCGCCAAGCGUCAGACCGUUGGCCAGGCUGGUGAAGGCCAGAGCUCGAGCGGUCAAAAGAACACGCCGGGAAAUGGAAUACAGACACAGCCCGUGUCAAGCAACGUCACAGCCCUUGACUUUGCUCGCAUUGGUGUAUUACUCGCGCUCCAGGAGAGCGGCGACCUGGACGUUGCUGCCAGCGCACAGGAAGCCAUACAGAACUUUCUCACGGAAAAUCGCAGUGGCAACGCUGUGGGAACCAGCGUUGAAGUCGGACCAUUCGAAAUGGACCUCGUGGACUUCACCAUUCAAUUUCAAAAUGGAACUACUAUUCGCGCACCUCCGCAGGCAACAUCAACCUGGCCGUCACCGAGAGCACAGCCCCCGUAUUUCAUCCCUUUUCUUGAUCUUGAACUUUUUGAAUGCCUCCGUACUCGUCCUGUGGGCGAUCUUAACGACCGAAGGACUGGAUCUAAUGUUUUGAACGGCGAACAAUACCCAUGCUUGACCACGGUGACGGGGACAAUCACUGGCGCCUCUGGCUUCGUCACGACGGUCUUUGCGGUUUACAAGAUAUUCGGCAUCGCUGCGUUAUUAUCAGAUACAUUUUGA